CAAUCUAUCACUAUCAAUCCCCAUAUCUCAGUUUUCAGUAUGGCGACUGAUCCCUUUCCUCAACGCUUACCCACCCUCGAUCGCCUGGGGGUCGCUGAUCCUUCCAAUGUCUCCUCAUCUGAGGUAGCGACCGAGUGGCUCAGCGUCUUUUCGACUGCAAUAACUCAAAGUGAUACCGCAGCUGUUGUUGACCUCUUUCUUGAGGAUGGUUUCUGGAAGGACGUAAUCGCACUCACUUGGGAUUUCAGGACAUUCGAAGGAAGGAAGGACAUCAAGAAACUCUUGGAUGCUCGUCUCGCUGCUACCGGUCUUAAAGAUCUAUGUCUCUUACAGGAGCCUUUGACUGAACCUGUGCUGCAAAAAGUUUUCAAUGAUCUUGUUUGGUUGCGGUUUUGCUUUAGUUUUACCACCAAGCAUGGCAAGGGUACUGCGGUCGUUUAUCUCGUUCCCCUUCCAGAUUCAAAGUGGAAGGCUUACACUUUGUUGACCUCUCUUGAUUCAUUGACCGAUUUCCCUCAGAAGAUCGGUCCCCUCAGAAACAAAGAGGCCGAUCAUGGCACUUGGGAAGAGAAGCGGCGCCAAGAGACUGACUUCUUAAACAAUGACCCAACGGUGAUCGUCAUAGGUGCAGGGCACACUGGCCUUGAGACCGCUGCACGAUUAAAGUACAUUGGUGUACCCACGCUUGUAAUUGAAAAGAAGCCCCGGGUCGGGGAUAGCUGGAGAGACCGUUACAAGGCUCUUUGUCUGCAUGACACGAUCUGGUCUAACCAAACGCCUUAUCUGAACUUUCCACCAACAUGGCCAGUCUACACCCCAGCUAGAAAACUAGCAGACUGGUUGGAAGGAUAUGCAAGCUUCCUUGAUCUUGAUGUUUGGACUGCUUCAACGAUCACCAAGACAUCCUGGAACGAUAUCACGAAAACCUGGUCUGUCGAGGUCAAUCGGGGUGGUAAAGGUAGUAGGGUUCUAACCGUUAAGCACCUCGUUUUUGCCACUGGAUCUGGCGGUCACCCAAAAGUUCCCGACGUCCCUGGAAAAGCAAGCUUCAAAGGGUCUACUGUGCAUUCGUCAGAGUUCAAAUCCGCAGCUAAUCAUAUCGGUAAAAAAGCAAUCGUAGUCGGUUGUUGCAAUUCUGCGCACGACAUUGCUCAAGAUUUCUUCAGUCACGGGGUAGACAUCACAAUGUAUCAACGAUCGUCGACAUUCGUGAUGUCAGCGAAGUCAGUGGAAGCACUACUAGGCGCUGUCUAUAAUGACGACUUCCCCACCGAGCUGGCUGAUACUUAUAAUACCUCACUACCUUGGGCUGUUGUUAGGCGGCUAAAUCAACGCAUAGUUCCCAUGUUCGCUGAGACUACAGACAAGGCAAUUCUAGAUGGAUUGGCUAAGGUUGGCUUCAAGACCAAUCUUGGUUCAUAUGGAGCGGGUCUUUUUUCCCUUUACCUAGAGCGCGGUGGUGGUUACUACAUCGACACCGGAGCGAGUCAAUCUAUCAUUGACGGGAAUAUCAAAAUCAAGAGCGGUUCCGCAAUCGAGUCCUUCACCGAAAAUGGCCUUCGAUUUGCUGAUGGCACCGAGCUGCAGGCAGAUAUCAUAGUGUUUGCUACGGGUUAUGGCGAUCACCGUGACUUCAUAAGCGAUGUUUGUGGAGAUGAAAUUGCAUCAAAAAUCACCAGGGUCUGGGGUCUAGACGAAGAAGGGCAGACUGCAGGGAUGUGGAGGUACUGCGGGCAAGAUGGUCUAUGGUUCGCAAAUGGUAAUUUGAGUCUAUCGCGCUUCCACAGUCUCCAUUUGGCCAUGCAAAUCAAAGCAAUAGAAGAAGGUAUUUUGAAUAAGGCGGAUGUAGUUAUUUGAUGAUGUUUCGAGGAUUUACUGAUAUCUGAUCGGGGCUGGACGACAUGUAAAAUGUACGACUACUUAUCGUGUGAAAAGUUGUAAGCACAAUGAAUUCAAGGAAAUUUUCACUGGA